AAGUCCGGAAUAAUCGGACUUAGUAAAAUAAAUCAGCAACUUAGUCGAGACUCUAGAGUCUAGAAACAAGCUGACCCAACCGCAAGUUUUUAUAUUUUUCUUGCUGAAAAAUGAUCAAAACAUAAAAUGGAUAAACACUCUCAGAUGGAGGCAGUUCGUAGAGUCAAACUGUGUGGCAACAACCUCUAUGCAAUUUUGAAAGUGCCACAAAAUGCCACAAAAGCUCAGAUCUCAUUAGCCUACAAGCGGUUGGCCCUGGAUAUACAUCCAGACAAGAAUCCGGUCAGCGGAGCCAGUGAGGCCUUCAGGUUGCUUGCCAAUGCCAAAGAUGUCCUCAUGGAUGAUGCCAAACGCAGAGAAUACGACCGAGAGCAAUGCCACAUUUUCAAUGACUAUGUCUGUGACUGUUGCUGUAACUGCAAUAACUUCGGUAAUAGCAGAAAUGCCCAAGAGGUCUAUAGCCAUUUCGGAGUUCGGUUCGAAAAACCAACGAACAUGAGUUUUAUAAAUUCAAUCAAAAUGAUUUUUAACGCCCGUAUGGCAUUAUGGCCAUCAUUCAAACUAUGGCAUUGCAUCGUACUGCUUUUCUUGGCUCUGAUAAUACACUAUCUAUACGCGGAGCCCAGCUAUAGCCCGACCCGAUCGGAUGAAUUCCCAGUGAAUCGCGCGACCACGAACAUCUAUGAUCCAUGCAAUGUUCCAUGCGUGCUAGAGAAAGAAGAGGAUUAUGUCACAGCUUGAUUCAAGAUGACGUUGGAAAAAGCAUUCACGCCGUAGAAACACCACCAGAAUAACAUGCUGGAGCAUGAUCCCAAUCGCAAGACAUCAUCCAUCAACAGCCACACUUUGCAGCAUCAAGGCACGGACCUCACAUCCUUUUACAUAGCGACAAUGACCAACCAGUGGGCAAUCUUUGGGACGCGUUUGAAGUCACGAAGCAUAAUGAUUUGUUUUUAAUGUGUUUUGUUCAGUUGUUUAGCUUGGAAUUGGAGCUAUUGUAAGAUUUGAUUAU